AUGGACAACAUUGUGUCGUACGGUACAGAUGUGUUGAAGGCACACCCUGAUUACAGGCAGAAGGUGCUGGACGUGUACCGCACCGCUAUGACGAGCCCACAACUGGAGGACAAUGACAAGAUUAACAGUGUUACACUACCUCUUGCUGUCGACUGCAGUGAGAAGCUCGAUGUCCGUGGCAAUUGUAUUGUCAUGGACGUCGAGAACUUCCUCAUAGGCUGGCCAACAUAUAUGGUUGAGUUCACGCCCAAAAAACCAGGACCUGUAAAACUAACUAUACAUUUAAAAGAUGCUUCAAAGGGAGUCUGGGUCGAGGAUGAGGACAGUGAUGCAGAGACGGUGAUAGUUGUAUCAACUAAAACUCGCAAAAGCUCCUUCACUCGUGCUAGUACCAUCCACAAUGCCGACACUACCUUAGUUUCUGAUGUGCCCUCUGAGUCUAAGAAUGACACCCAACUUGUUAGCGCAACUCCGGUACACCUCAUAGGUAUCCCCAAAAACCUCAGACUCCAAACCAUUGGUGCCGACUGGCACAACUUGUUGUGGCGCGAGGUUUGA